GUUCGACUUACCAAAGACGAUUGCAGAUGCCCAUGGGUUUGGUGGGCAAUGUUGACCACGUGGCUGGUUUUCAUAUAAGCAGUCCAAUUGAUCAAGAAGUAACGCGAAUGUGUGAGAUAGAUGAAUCGAUCACUAUCGGACUGUUCCCUUCAAAAAAAAAAGCUUCACAACAAUCGAGAGACGAUUGUGUCUUGGCAAUUCAAGCUCAAAAGCUGGCAAAAGACUUGGCCCUUGCGGCGAUUCACUGUCCAUCUCAAGACGUCCCCAUCGACCUAGAGACAAUCGUCUGGUUUGCUCAUCUUUGCUACGUCAAUCUUGCCCCGCUGGUUUUGUUCGACUCCUUAUCACUCGAUCUUUUCUUACUUUUUCCUACCACUCCUUCUUUUGACCAUUCCGCCCAAUCUCCGCCCUUAGGUACUGCUCCAUUGCACACCUCGAAGAUACCCUCAGUGCCAAAGUCACCGACCUUCAAUCGUGGUUUGAUACAGUGA